CCCGCCUUCCGGAAGGAAGCGCGGGUGGCUGACCAUGGCGACCGCCGCGGAGCAGUGGGUUCUGGUGGAGAUGGUCCAGGCGCUCUACGAGGCUCCUGCUUACCACCUUAUUUUGGAAGGCAUUCUAAUUCUCUGGAUAAUCAGACUUCUGUUCUCUAAAACGUACAAAUUACAAGAACGAUCUGAUCUUACAGUCAAGGAAAAGGAAGAGUUGAUUGAAGAGUGGCAGCCGGAACCUCUUGUUCCUCCCGUCUCGAGAGACCAUCCUGCGCUCAACUACAACGUCGUUUCCGGCCCCCCCAGCCACAACAUUGUGGUGAACGGAAAGAAAUGUGUCAACUUCGCCUCCUUUAAUUUCCUGGGGUUGCUGGAUGACGCUCGGGUCAAGGCGGCGGCUUUGGCGUCUCUGAAGAAGUACGGCGUGGGCACUUGCGGGCCCAGAGGAUUCUACGGCACGUUCGAUGUGCACUUGGAUCUGGAGGACCGCCUGGCAAAGUUCAUGAAGACGGAAGAAGCCAUCAUCUACUCCUACGGGUUUGCCACCAUCGCCAGUGCGAUCCCCGCUUACUCCAAGAGAGGCGACAUCGUGUUUGUAGACAGAGCUGCCUGCUUUGCCAUUCAGAAAGGGUUGCAGGCCUCCCGGAGUGACAUCAAGUUGUUUCAGCACAACGACAUGGCCGACCUGGAGCGCCUGCUGCAGGAACAGGAGACGGAGGACCAAAAGAAUCCUCGCAAGGCUCGGGUCACCCGACGUUUCAUCGUCGUGGAAGGGCUGUAUAUGAACACGGGGACUCUCUGCCCUCUCCCGGAGCUGGUAAGCCAGCGCGCUCGCCGAGCGCGGCAGUGCUCGGGGGCGGUUCGUGGGCCUGCACAUCUCCGCGCGCACGGUCCCGCGUCCCUCGUAGCGCGGGUCGCAGUCCGUGGCGGGGACGCGCCGCGCGGCUGCUGCGCGGACAGACUGGACCGCCGCGCUCCGGCUGCUGCAGGCGCCCGCGAGCUCGCGAACGCGCCCUUGCUUGAAUCCCCGUUUUCAGUCUCUCGUGCGUGCUCGGCCGCACCGUUGCCGGAUCACGUGAUUGAGGAUAUCGAUCUCAUCAGCGCCAACAUGGAGAACUCGCUCGCUUCUGUUGGAGGUUUCUGCUGUGGCAGGUCGUUUGUGAUUGACCAUCAGCGACUUUCCGGCCAGGGGUACUGCUUUUCAGCCUCACUCCCCCCGCUGUUGGCUGCCGCUGCGAUCGAGGCUCUCAAUAUCAUGGAGGAGAAUCCAGGUAUUUUUUUAGUUCUGAAGGAAAAGUGCGAACGAAUUCAUAAAGCUUUACAAGGCAUUUCUGGGUUAAAAGUGGUGGGGGAGUCCCUUUCUCCAGCGUUUCACCUACAGCUCACAGACAGCACCGGGUCUCGAGAAAAAGACGUUAAACUACUUCAGGAGAUUGUAAAUCAUUGCAUGAACAGAAGCAUCGCGUUAACGCAGGCACGCUACCUGGAGAAGGAAGAGAAGUGCCUCCCUCCUCCAAGCAUCAGGGUUGUGGUCACGGUGGAGCAGACCGACGAGGAGCUGGAGAGAGCCGCGCGCACCAUCAAGGAGGCGGCCCGGGCCGUGCUGCUCUAGGUCGGGGCCUCGGGCCUGCUGGGCGGCCGCCACACGGCACACGCACGGGCCUCCGCGUCACUGCCUUGUGACCUGGGCGGGGCCUGCGGGGACCUGCGGGGGUGGCCGCCGGCUGCGUGGGUGCGGACUUGCCACCCAACCGCGAGGAGGAUGCUGGCUAGCUUUAAAAAGGAAACACACUGAAAGUCCAGGAACGGAUUUUUUUUUAAGAAGAGAACUAAUGACAGCAGAUAACUGGUAUUUAAAUUGUGCUAUUUAGUACUAUUUAAGUGUUCUACUGUACUAGUAUUUUAUAUUCUUUUUUGUUGUUUAAAAACGGAGCUUCAGUUCACCU